AUGAGAAACCACUCUGUGGUCACUGAGUUUGUGCUCUUGGGCAUAUCAGACACACCAGAACUUCAGGUUGUGAUUUUUAUCUUUUUAUUCAUAGCUUACGUAUUAAGUGUGUGUGGAAACCUAACUAUCAUCAUCCUCACCUUGCUAGACUCUCAGUUAAAGACUCCUAUGUACUUUUUCCUCCAGAAUUUCUCCUUUCUAGAAAUUAUGUUCACCAGUGUUUCCAUCCCGAGGUUUUUGGGGUCAAUAAUUACUCAAGUCAAGACCAUUUCCUACAACAACUGUUUGGCUCAGCUAUUUUUCUUCAUCUCCAUGGGAGUGUCUGAGUUCUUUCUUCUAACUGCCAUGUCCUAUGACCGCUAUGUCGCCAUCUGCAAGCCGCUGCACUACACUGUCAUCAUGAGCCAGAAAGUUUGCACCCUUCUUGUCCUCACCUCAUGGCUGGCAGGAUUUCUGACCAUUUUCCCAUUACUCAUGCUAUUCCUCAAGUUAGAUUUCUGUGCUUCGAAUGUCAUUGAUCACUUCUGCUGUGACUACUUCCCUAUUUUACAACUUUCCUGCUCAGAUACAUGGUUUUUAGAGACAAUUGGCUUUUAUUUUGCCUCCAUCACCCUGCUGUUCACACUGGCACUAGUGAUCUUGUCAUAUAUCUGUAUCAUCAGCACCAUUCUCAGGUUCCCCUCUGCCAGUCAGAGGAAGAAGGCUUUCUCCACCUGUUCCUCUCACAUGAUUGUCAUCUCCAUCUCUUAUGGCAGCUGCAUUUUCAUGUAUCUCAAACCUUCUGCAAAUGAAAGGGCAUCCCUGACCAAGGGGGUGGCUGUUCUCAAUACUUCAAUUGCUCCCAUGUUGAACCCUUUUAUUUACACAUUGAGAAAUCAGCAAGUAAAACAAGCCUUCAAGGAUUUCAUUAAUAAAGUGAUUUCAUUAAUUUCAUUAAUAAAAUUUUUAAGAAACAAAUGA